AGUCAGGGAGCUACAACACUGGAAGAGUCUCGCGCAGCUCCUUCAGUAAACAGACAUCCCUGUUAAUAUUUAGGUUUUAGCUCUUAUGUCUCGUCCAGCCGGCAGGAUUCACCAAAGGAAAAGAUGUCUGUUGUUGCUAAGGGUCUCUUCAUGUAUUUCGCUUUUGGAAGCAACCUGCUAAAGGAAAGACUGCAGCUUGCUAACCCCUCGGCGUUAUUUUGCACUACUGGUCGAUUGAAGGACUAUGAGUUGGACUUUGGCCUGUGGGAGCAACAUGCGAACAACUCUUGGCAUGGAGGAGUUGCAACAAUCCUCUCUCAUCCUGGAAGUGAAGUAUGGGGGGUAAUCUGGACUUUGAGCGAUGAACAUAUCACAAGCUUAGACGAACAAGAAGGGGUGAGCCUGGGAAAGUACUCUCCACUGGAGGUUUCAGUUGAGACUGAUAAAGGUCUGAUGCUCUGCAGGACUUACCAGAUGAACAAUUUCCAUCCCAGUCCUCCCUCUCCUCAGUACAAAGAGGUGGUGUGUCUAGGUGCAGAGCAAAACGGACUACCUGUGGAGUAUAUGAAAAAGCUGCAGGCCAUUCCAACGAACAACUACAGUGGCCCCUCAGUCCUUGAUCAAAUCAGACCGGCAAUGAAUUAGAAAUUCAUUGUUGUUGACUUUGGAAACAUUAGAUGACAAAUUACAUGUGACGUCAUUAUAUUAUAAUGAUGGAAUAGUGCACUGAUUAUAGUUGAAUGUUACAAACAGUAGUAUACAAUGUAGUGUGUUCUAGUUAAUAGGAUAGAAAAAAAAACUCUUAGUCACAACUUUAAAGGUCAAGACAUCGUCACGGCAACAAUAUGUAACCAGAAGUAAAUACAGCAUGCACUUACAGUA